ACUGUGAAGUUUUUAAAAGCAUUCAAGCAUAAAAAAUUGUACCACUUGUACCUUUGACAAAUUAACAACAAUUCAUGUUAUGGAAUUGUUUAUAAAAUGGAAACAAUGCAGUAUUAUUUUACAUUUGAUUAUUCAAAUUACUGUAUACCUGAAUGCAGUUUGGAAAACGCUGUUCAUUGUCUUUAUUGAACUUAUCUAUGCUUGUAGAUUGUUUAUUAUAUCUGUAUGCAUUCCUCUACAGAAUCACCCUAAUCAAUAUCUGAAAUUAUAAAUUAUUUCCAAAUAGUUCAACUCAAAAUUGUGAAAUUGUGUUCAUAUUGCCAUAAAAAAUCGCAAUGUUCGAUUUUUCGUGCAGCCCUAUUUUCUAGCAUAGCAUGGUAUUUGUUAAUCUGUGGUCACACAAAUCAAAUGGCAAUCGCCAAAACACGGUUAAUAGCCUACUAUAGGUAUAUCUAUAUUUUAAUAAAAAGGUUUAAAUUUCUUAUGGAAGUUCAGUUGUGUCUGAAAACCAGUCCUCCUAUUGUUCAUUCAACUUUUUGUCUAUCUGUCUCCAGAAGCUACAUUGUUGCUAAUAGUCUGGCGGGAAAUAGGAACUGUCUGUUUCACUUUCUACAGUUUCCUGUCACUUUUUUCCCGGAUACCCCGCCCAAACCCACGUAGCUGUUGACUCAGCCGUGUAAUAUUCGGACAGGACGCCGCGUCAUCGACGCUCAUGCAACCCGACGUCUGGCCUCUUCCUCUUUGUAGCUCAGAGUCAGCAGAAGUGGUGCAAAGUCAAGCAAAAACUCCACGGGAAUUUUAACCGGACAUUAUUAAAAUCGGACAGAACGCGAAAGUUAUGCUCAGCUGUCAACACUGUAGUGACAAUCCGUAAACUUUGUUUUACGAUGGUUGUUGUUGUUUGCUCGUCGGAGUCGGUGAUAUCGAGGGUUUCUGCUUUUGUGGAAGACCCUGAACGCGGAUCCAGUCGGCGUGGCUGAAGCCUGUUGGGCGCGUGUAUGUGUGUGUGUGUGCUCCUCCCGGUCAGGUGACUGAGGUGUGUCUAAUCACUAGAGCCUCUGGAGAUGCUUUGUUCGAGUCUACCUGUUGUCAACUGAAAGAUGAUCUGCUGCGGCUCUGCGGUCAACUGCGUUCUGUACUGAAGUAGGACUCUACCCGGGGAAACAUGAUCAAGUAACAUCUGAGGGGCAGUUUCUAUCUUUAGGACACAGUUUUACCUUGAUGUAAAUAUAUAAAAGGAUUCUAUACGACCGCCAAUCCGCAUUAUUUGACAACAAAGUGCUUCCUUUAAUAUGGAAACGCUUUACACGAGGAACUUUUCCAGCCGUUAACGGAGGAAACACUUUUCCCCAAGACUUUAUUUUGGGGGGAUUACAGUAGCUCUUAACUAAAUACAUUACUUAUAACUCGAAGAAAGAAUAUCCUUCUUUUAUAAGCAAUUUUGGAUUGUUUUUGGAAACACAAUGGCUCUCUCUCAGGUUCAGUGUCUUGAUGACAAUCAUGUGAACUGGCGUCUAAAUGAGUCCAAACCGGAGUUUUUCUACAGCGAGGACCAGCGGCUCGCUCUUGAAUCUCUUGCCACGAAAGGACGCGACGCGUUUGACGCCUUUGUGAAGGAGCGUGAACUGCGUCCUUUCCUAUCGGAACCCGAACUCGAGAUGUUUCGCAGGAGCAUAGAAGAGUAUAAACCCGGCUCUGAGCAUCAAAAACAGGAUGGUAUGACGGAGGGAGAGGACAGGGCAGUGUCUUUACAGUACUGGCCGGAUCGCUCUGACACAUCCAUACCGAAUCUGGAUCUCGGAUGGCCCGACUGCAAUUCUUACCGCGGAGUGACGCGUGUUAAUGUGUACACGCAACCGCCAAUUGACGGACAAACGCAUAUAAAAGAGGUUGUGAGAAAGGCCAUCGCGCAAGCACAGAAGAUGAUAGCAGUGGUGAUGGACGUUUUCACAGACGUUGACAUUUUUAAGGAUCUAAUAGAGGCUGGUUUUAAAAAGAAAGUGGCUAUAUACAUUAUUAUUGAUAAUGCAGCCGUACAGCACUUUCUCCUUAUGUGCGAGAGAGCCAACAUGCAUAAAGGACACCUUAAUCAUCUGCGGGUACGAUGCAUCGGUGGUUCUGAAUUCUACACACGCUCCGCUCAGAAAGUGCGAGGCUCAUUGAGUCAGAAAUUCAUGUUUGUGGAUGGAGACCGUGCUGUGUCCGGAUCAUACAGUUUUACAUGGACUGCUUCUCGUUUGGACCGCAACAUCAUAACUGUUCUGACAGGACAGGCUGUUGAGACAUUCGACAAGCAGUUCCGUGAAUUAUACAUGAGUUCUCGUGGGGUCAACCUCUCCAAGAUCCCAAUGGCGGAACCUCCGGAGCCAGAACCUAUUCCAGUCGCCGUUCCUCCCCCUGUUCCCGUAAAUGUUGCAAGAAAAAUGAUCAACCCCAAAUAUGCGUUGGUCAAUGCAGAUGCUUCAAGCAAAGCAUCUUCUGACAAAGCCAGUGCUAAGAACAGUAACACCCCAAAUCCUAUGGUCCAGCUUCCCAAGCCUCAACGGGAAUUGCCGGAAGCACCACCAAAGCACCCAGGACUUGUAGGUUUGCCAAAGGCAGAUCUUAUUCUCUAUCUGCCCAUCUGGCCAGAACCAGAUCCAUCUAGUGAUGUUAUUGGGUUCAUUAAUAUCCGUGACACAAGCAAGCCAGCACAAGUGCAUUUAAUGCGCUCACAAAUGUUCGAAACAUCUCAAGCAAUCCGCUUUAAAGACCCUUUUACGGCGCCACCCGAGGAUCCGCUCCCAGAAAAAGCAACUCCUCGUCCUAAAGCAACACAACUGCCUAAAAUAAAUGCUGUAGAACCAAAUGUUCAAUCAGUUCCUCAGCCUCAGCCUGAUUCUAGCAUUGCCAAUCAAGAUACUCCAGCCAAUACAUCUCAGACGCCAAACUCUCCAGAUCAACAGCAAGAUCCCAAACCCAACCCACCAGCACAAGAACCAGAGCCCAAUCCUGAACCAGUAGAAGUUCAGCAGGCUGUAGAAAUUCCUGUGCCCAAACCACGCACUCUUCAGUUAGUAGUUAAUAUGUCAGAAGGCUCUGGAGACGCAGAGGUCACUUUAGUGAAACGAGAGGAAAACCAGACCAUCGGCUCAAAGGAUGCACACUUGGACCUUCAAGACAACGAUGCAGAUAGCACUGCUGUAACCUGUGCACAUUCAUUAAAGGAUAAAGAUGAGAAUUCCACAACCUCUGAUGAAUACUAUGAAUGUACUGACUCUGAUGGCAGCGAUAAGCUCCCUAACGGAAGGAUAACGGGUUCUGGUCGUGUUGGAGACCACAGCCCUGAUGCGCUUAACGUGAUGGCCCGCUUCUCUCAAUCCAUGCUGGACUUGCGAUCAGAUGACCCUGAUCUACGGAGCACUGUUGAGAAAAAUCGACUCAAUGCACAGAGCAGAGACAAAGCAAAGCUUUACAAGACGGUCUCUAGGUCGCCUGUUCGGGACACUUACGGCCGAGCCAAACUGGUGAUUGGUAAACCUGGAGGGUUUCAUAGGCACCCUAAAAGCAGUGAUCACUUGAUCGGGGGCCACAGGUACUGGCAGGGGAAAAUGUAUGCACCUGAACCACCCUCUAAUGGAUCCGACCAGCAAAACCUACACCGCUCUGGACGAUCGCCUAGGAGACAAAACCCUGGCUGUAGGAUUGAAAGACUGCAAACCAGCCAAACGCCUGCUCAGAGGCUCAUGCACACCCAAACCCUCUCUCCCGCUCGUCGGGUCUCUCAGACAAAGUCUUUGUCUCCUCAUAGACGGGUCGAGACUCGUACGCCAUUAGGAAUUCCUUUAUCUAAAUAUGCCAGCUUCAAACACCUCAAGGCGAAGGUUCCAGUGAACACGUCUGGUUUUGCUUUGGGGGAUAAAUUGCUGACACAGAGGCACAAGGACAAUUAACUGAUUUAUGGUGGCUUCUUCCCAGCAGAAACAACUUUGUAUUGAUUACAAAGGCGCGAAUGUGCAAUUAUUUAUCCACCACUUCACAUGGAGUUCAACUGGAUCUCCAACUGACACGAGUAUUACAGUGGCAAACAAACACUGAUACUUUUCUGGAUAUUUGUUACAGACAGACUUACUCUUCACUGACGUGCCUUUAUUGAGUAAUGUGGACUGGAAUUUGGUGGUGGAUUUGUGACCAUGGUGAUGGAAAUUUCACAUUCACCUCUGUUGUUGACUAAUUAUUGUCUCAGAUUCUGGGAAAAGGAUGUUGAAAAGAUUAAGGUACAGUACAAGCUAACCGCGAGUUAUUGUUUAAAAAGCACAGCACACAAAUCAGAGUCAAAACAAAAGACUAAACCGAGGCUGACGUUUUCUUCGGUUUUGUCACAAAUGAAGUCCUGUUUACACUCAGCUUUACGUUUGGUGCUCAAAUUUGUUGCGCUAAACAAAUUCAUUUAAACGAAUGACAUUUGUUCAGAAUGACAUGUGUUUUGCAUGCCGCUAGUGCAGCUAAUCCUUUGUUUACAGGGAGGUGCUCUAAUCUCUUUUCCGUUGUACUGCGAAAAAGCCUGUUUAAGGCCUUGUUUACACCUAGUGUUAAGGUGUGUUUUUGUUGACCUAAUCACAAACGUACGACCCUAAUUAGAGAUGUAAAUAAGUUCAUAAGAGAGAGAAAAAACGUUUUGCAUGUUAAAAUACACAUAUGGAAUGCAUGGGAAACGCAUCAAAUGCAGUUUUGGAUGAUUUUCAUGUAUGGAUUUCACAUGAAAAUGUUUGAAAACCAUAUUCCACAUGUGAAUUUAAGUUUAUGGCAGAUGUGUGAAGCUCUUGUGGUUUGUAAGGUGCCAGGGUUGAGCUUGUCUACUACUCACCACUUUUAAGAAGUAGACCGAAAUCUGCAUUAGGCCAAAUUUGCCAUUACAGUAAAAGGUUUUGAUUGGAAAUCUGGAAAAAACCUGGAACAGCCUUGGGCUUUACAGUUUUUCCAUAAUUGUCAACUAAUAAAAACUGCAUUUUUAGCAUCAUUUAGCCAAUAGGAUGGUGUCUUUUUAUUUUGGCGUUAACAAAAAUUGAGUGUAAAAAUCCGACCAAUUGUUUCAUUUAGAAUAUUUGCUGGUGUAAACAGGCUUCCAGGACUAGCUUUGGAUUUGGAGUCAAGACCAAACCCUUAAAGAUCCAGCCAUUAGACCUGCUUAUUUGAACAACAGAAACCUAUUCAUGCAAUGCUGAAUUAAUUAAUUUCUGACUGACAGACUGACCAAGACUUACAUUUUGAUCCACAGCAGAAAGGACCACAUUUACAGAGUCUUGAAGAGACUCCAACUUUGUCAGUAUUUCCAGGAGUUGUAUAGUUUCUAUUCUAAUCUUUGUUUAACUAUUAUUUUCUCCUCAUAAAAAGGUUUGAAUAUAGUAAAACCCUUUUUUAAGGAGUUGAUGUGCACUGUACUUUAAAGAAGGAAAGUGUUACGAUUAAUUACAAAUACAGUUUCUAAACGAUCUCAACCAUUCUGCUUUAAAAAUGCUAGUCUGCACACACUGAUACCUACAGAUUCUGAGGAGAGGAUAUACUUGAAUCGUUUUGGUGACAUUUUUUGUGCCGCAGGAGUCAGGGUAGUUCUAUUUGAAUUGAUGCGAAUUCCUCACAGCCUCUUAUUUAUUUGCAUCCUAAUGCAAAUGUCUGCCUUGUUUUAAGUCCAUUUGUGGACAGUUAUACAGUCUUGGUAGCCCUUUCCCCCUGUAAAGCCACUUACGUCUAUCUCUUCUAUAUUAAUCUGCUAUAUAUUUCUUAUAGCAGAAUGUGACAAUGCAGCAUGCAGUUGCAAUAAUUUCCUCGUUGUGAGGCUUUUUACUUUGUGUGAACCAGGGUAGUCUUAUUAUGUAUUUUUGAGAGUGUUUGAACAUACCUGAUCCGUGCACCAGUACCAUGUUGCAAUGAUGGUUAAUCCCAGCGUCAUGCCUGGCCAGGGAAGAUCUCCAUGCACUGGGUCUCUGAACAGGUGCAUGGCAUCAUGUCUGGGCAGGUGACAUGUCGUGUUCGGGAUGAUCUUGGACGGCACGGCUUGCAAAUACACGCUCUCCAGGUUACUGUAGCCUCCAAUUUUGUUGAAUGCUGUAAGGUAAAUGCACAUCAGCUAAAUCUACUACUGAUUUGGGUGAAAUGUAGCAGUUUAGCAUUAAUAUUUCUCUUUUGUACUAACGUCAAAAUGGCAUGGCGUCAAAAAACAGAAUGUACAUUUUGAAUCAGUUCCAAUUAAAAAAAGUAUUUAAAUUGC